CGGGAAGCGUUGGUCUUGCCCGGCUGCUGGGUUGUGUUGGCAUCCCACCGGGCUCGCUCCUGUCGUAUGAGUUCGGGAUUGGCGAAGGGAUCAACAUGAAGCGCGGAAUAUCUCCGUCGUCAGGCAGGAGCAGCGGCAGAAAUGGCGCACGGCAGGAACAAGACAGUGGCGAGGGCCAAGAUGGUGCUCCCACCAGCAACGAGGCAUCCAAGAAAAGCGGUGCUGCUGCUGGUGAUGCAAUUACCGCAGAGGGAGGAAAUGGGGAAGCAGCAGCAGCAGCAGCAGCAGCGCAAGGAGAGCGCACCAAUUACCUCGUGGGGAUGGCAGGCCACCGAACCCUCACGUCGUAUAUCCAGGACCUCAGCAAGGGGAGGAGGUGGACUGAUCGGGUCAGGGGGUGGGGAGAGGAGGCCGGCCUCGCCGAACCGUCGGUCAAGCUCGCGCUCGGGUUCCUUGAUAUUUUAGGGGUGAGCCGUGCGUCGGUGUACAAGCAGCUGCUGGAGGAUUCCCUGAGGGUCCUUCUGGACCAGAUUCCGCACCUCCCGGAGAAUGUUUUGCUGGACCUCUUGACCGACUCCUUCAAGUUCGCCACGCACGCCGAUCUUAAGAGCGUGCCUUUGAAGAUCAUCAGCAGCCUGUCCGCCGUUCCGGAAAGGGUGCCGGAGCAGUUCGAGGAGCUGGGGUUGCCCCUCGCCAUCAAGCACCUAGCUUGGGAGAAGGAUUCCGUCCUCUUCGUGCGCAUCGUGUCGCCCCACGCGGACAAGUACCUCGCCAGCGAGUUCUCGCCCAAGAUGGUGCUCUCCUCACAGCAGUUGAGGUUCUAUAGGUCCCUCGAUACCAUCAAGCGGCGCAAACUCAUGGGCCCCGACAGGAUCAACGCCCUGGCGGAGUACACGGGCGACCGGCCGAUCCUUAUCGGGGAGAUGUUUGAGGCAUGGAAUAGUCAGCAGAAGACGGUAGCUGUCCUGGGACAUCGGAAGUGGGAUGAACAAACGGCAAGUGAUAUCGAGGAGAAGAUAAUUGGCUAGGGAAGACAUUGUUGAGCCACCUUUGGCCAAGUAAGAAGGAACGAUUGGCCAUCGGUGAUCGGUCCUGUGGGAACAAUGCUCCGGUCCUCUCGAGGACGCGUGGUCAGCGGUCCAAUCGCUAAGGCAUGCAAAACAUAAGAGUACCCCCCUCCCCGCGCAUGCGUUCUCCCUCGUCGAAUAAGCCCCCACCCCUUCCAACAACAUAAGUCUGUCUCGGACAUCAAAGCAAACGCGAGGAUGAUGACCAGCUUCGGGUUCAUCCUUGUGGAACGUAGCCUGGGCCGGCGAAAGCCCGGCAAAUUGCACCGUUCCGGCCUUGUAGGGAUGCGAGGCCAAU